CGUACUCCUUGCCUUCCGCCCGAGUUCGACCACGCGCACUGAUAACUGGCGACUCUGGCUCUGUUGUUUAUGGUCCCGAAGGCACAAUCAAACUUCAAUUGCUCAGAUGGACGCCAUGGACGUGGACUUACCGGGCGGGAAUGACUAUGAAGACGUGACGGAGCUGUUCGCGGAGGCAGCAAAUGACAUGGAACCAGAGGUGCUAGUCAUGACAAAAACGUUCUCUCUCCUGGAUGCAAUGAGCGCGUUUGAGAUCGGAGAACCACGUAUGGACAGCGGGAUGAUAACAGAGCCGCAACGGCGUCCGCGAUUCGACCCCUUGGCACCCAUGUUGCCGCAGGAGAUAUGUUGGAUCCUAGACAGGGCCUUCGCAUGCGAGAUGGAAUGGCACGCAGGCACCAGUCUGACGCAAACGGUCUAUACCCUACUCUAUGUUCACCAUCUGGACGACCUCAACCCAGACUUCAUCGGGCACCAGCAGUAUCGAUAUCCGCGAGACCCGCGGCGCCCACAGGAGCUUCUCACUGUCGUAAUGCGGGCAAGUGCAAUGGCACUACUGAAGAGCUGUGAUCUCGCGUGGAGGGAGCUGUCGAAAGGCAAAGUCUUUGAUAUAGAGGACUGGUUGGGCGAAAAAAGCGAAGUCUCCAUACUCGAGGGGAUCUCGGCAGACUUUGUCUUGAGAAAGAUCGAUGACGCUUGUACAUGGUUGCAACGUUCGCGUCUGUCCACUCAAGACACUCAACUCCUGUACGAUAGACUGCUUCUCCGCAAGGCAGUCUUGCAGCUACUCAAGCUCACGCCGCCGUUGAGCAUAGCAGAGCUCCGAAGACUCACUACUAACGCCCGCACUCUGCUGCAAAAAAUCCGCUCUCAGCGUAUUGCAGCGCCCGCACCGAACUCUUCUGCAGCGUUUGUGUUCGACCCACACAUCAGCCGCAGACUAGCAUGUUUCAUGCCGGUCCGUAUCAUUGAUUUGCCGCCCCAAGAACAAGCCUGGGAUACUCUAUCCCGACUCCUGGAUGGCUGGGAAGAGCUGAGCUACUUGCUCGACGCUCCAUGUAUCUCUACUUGGGAGAUCGCAGGUUGCUUACGGAUCUGGUCGCCACGAAAGAACCUCCAUCCGGCGUACUUACGUUCCUUGACACAGUCCGCCGUCUAUGAUAGGGGUACCGUCAUAGGACGAUUACCACCGAUGUGGUUGGUUGACCACUUCUUCGAGGAGUCUGUGGGGUGCUCGUACGACACCGUCCUGCUGAAGAUCUGCAUUCGCGACGACAGUUCUGCGAUGUGGGUGAAGAGGGAGAUCGAGAAUCGUAUCUGCAAGUACAUGGCAGACGACUUGCGGGCGAACUCUCACAACCCCCCUAGGCGGCGUCGUUAUUUCAUGAAGGCUGCAUUGCAAUGGCACGAAGUCUACGAUUUCUUCCUGCAACUUAUCCCCUACUGUGAGCCCUCCGUAGGGGGAAGAGGUCAAGCCUUCGUGGACCUCAUGCCCAACAUAGCCGUGAUGCGGCGUUUGGCGGCCGCUAGGGAGAUCAUCUUGUCUGGACUCCAGCAAGACCUACACGCCAGAGAAGAGGUGCCCAUUGCAUACUGGUACUUGUCCCGCAUCCUAGAAGCGCACCUAGAGUGCAUUGAUCAAGUGAUGAGCGUCACGACGCAACCACACGAGGAGAUGAACAUCCAGCUUGGCUUCCUCACUGCUCUUCAAGCAAUGUCGGCCGCGAUGUGCACGAUCACGUAUAAGCAAUGCACCCUCCCCUAUCAACGCACAGCGCUCAACUUUGUGCGCCGAUACAAGUGGGCGUUCAAGCCUGAAUAUGAGGACCUCGCGCCUGCUAUGCCCUUGCCUGAUCUGAGGCUCUUCACACCUGGGGUUGAGCAGAUGCUUCUGGACACGCACUACUCGCCCGCGCAGUCUUUUGCGUUCGCAGGCAACGUCCUCGAUGGCCUCGGUAAUUCAAUAGGAUUUGCAGGCAUCUGGGCAGAGGACCGACGAGUGUUCUUCCAGGACUUGGCCCGCGUAUGCAGGCAACUGGAAGCCCUUCCCGCGUCUUCAGAACAGAUUCUUUCCUUUGACGUUGGACGGCUGAAAUGGGUAGACCGGACUCAUCCUUGGUUCCCGGACUUGCUAGUAUGACCGAGCUGAGGAAGUCACGUAGGCAAGACCGCUGCUUAAAAAAUGUACUAAAAGGACCCGGCCACUAUCGUACAAGUCUCAGGUGAAUCUCAGAAUCGGAAAGCAUUAAUCUGCGCGGAGUGUAUAUCAAACGUAGGCACAUGCCGUUUACGGAUUAGCGCUGUGGACCCACAAAGUCCGCUCAUCGCCGAUCGGUGGUGGGCGCUCAUUCGCUACCUC